CGCAACCAGCGUCGGCAGACGAUCGUCGUCCACCGGCCCGAUCAGUCCGGCAGCUGAGGGCCUCGUAGACGGCUGCGCUGCCCCGCGACUCUUUUCUGCUGCGUCGGCGAGACUUCGCUGUUGCAUCGUCUCUGCGCUGCUCUUCUCGCGGUCCUCCGGCGUCAGUUUGAAGAGUUUCAGGCGUGCUGUGCACCGGGCGGACCCGGACGUUUUGUCUCGCUGUGUUGGAAUUACCUCCUUCCCAUCACGACUGGUGCUUCUUGCGGGACUGGUUUCUACGGCAGUGUGAAAGUUCGACACUUAUUGGCCAGCUCAUUGAUCGCGGGACUUGCGGUAUCGGCGGCGUAAGCCGAGGACGCGCCUGUAUCGGACGUCGCUGACGAGAGGUACCGGAACGACUACCCCGUGUCCUCGUAGAAUAAUUUGACCGAUAAAUUUCACUCUGCUCUCGCGAGAAUAAAUAUCAAAAGGGAGAUUUUCUCUCCUUUCGCCGUCAGCAUUGCGACGGCUUUUAUGGAAAGUACAUACCCGAGUUUGGAUUUGUAUAACAAUCGUUCCUCUGGUGCGGACGGGACAGAUCGUCGACAGAGCUCGCAAGAGGCAAGAAACGGCAGCACAAGCUUGUUAGAUUAUAAUGCAGAAAAAAACGGAGAUGCGUUCCAAAGCAUACUUUAGCGACAGUCGCUCUCCAUGUCGGCCACCGCGCGUCUUGAGCGGCGGACUUGCCGCUGUAUUGGUGCCGGAAAACCGCGAUCGCCGCCGAUCCAGGCGCCGCAAGUGUGAACCCGACCGGUGACGGCGUACAGGACCCACAUCGGGGUGCUGCCGCUUUCCCCGCGCUGUGCCCGGAACCGGCGCCUGUAAUCGGCCGCACUUCUUCGGAUCGGGAACUUCAGACCGGACUCAUCGGACAGAGGGCUCUUCAGAUGGCGGCGCCCACUGGAGGCCGGUGUCCGCGUGGUGUCCGUGACCGCGUCGCUGUCUGCCAAUGCAACGCGGGGCGUCUUCGUGUUCGCCCGAGAUCGAAAGCAGCUGCCGUCGAGGCUCACCAUCGCCGGCCCACUCGUCGUCGCAUCGUGCAGGUCUGGGCAGCAACAGAGCUCGUGGGAAGCUGUGCUCGACAAGCAACGACAGUCGGAAUCGUCGGGCUUCCUAUUCCAAUGGACGCUAGGGGGCACCACUUUCGCGCCUGUUUCAGACGAUGGCAGCAAGUUCUCCCCGCCUCAGCUAUUCUUCAGAAACGCUACCGGCUCGGUGCUGCUGACGGUGUCGGCGUGGCCAGGCUAUCCUGUCGCCGGGCGCGGACGACGACAGCUUCGCGCCUCCGUCAACGUCACUCUACUACGAUGUGCACAGGUUCUCCGCUUCGUGGCUUCUCCCGCGGCCUUCGGUGACAGCAGCGUCUUCAGCGCGUCCGUGUCCGGCACCGCUCCACUGUUCGUACGAGCUGUGUUCCACGACGGGACCCAGAAACGAUGGACCACGAGACGCGACACGUGGACUGUCCGCUUCAGCCGCCUUUACGCGCGCACUGGCUCGUUUCACGUGACUCUCAGCUGCACAAACCGAGCCGGCAGUGUUACUCGCUUCGCCGUUGCCGUCGUGGAAGAGCCCGCCUUCGGUCUGAGGAUGAUGGUGCGCAGGCCUGUGUCUUUUCCUCUGCUGCCGCUCGGGGAUGCAGUUGAACUGGAGGCCGAACUCAUAUCUGGCACGGGAUUGACUUUUCUUUGGGAAGUGGCUGACGCAAUAUCAACCAGCGAGCCAACAAACGUGGAAACCCGAGGAAGAGCCAGCAUUGCGCGUCACCGGUUCAGCGCUCCGGGCACGUACAACGUCAGCGUGUCCGUCUCCAACGCCCUGUUGUCGCAAAGCGGCGCCCAUCUCGCGGCCCACCUCGAGCAGUCGCUGAGAGUAGUGGAAGCCAUCGACGGCCUGGCCGCUUACGUCAUCGGAGACCCCUACGUAGUUCUGCUGCAGCCUUGUGGCAACAGUAGCGACUCCGAAAACGGAGAAGCCGCCAGCAUUUCUUCGACGCCUCUCUCGAAUCGCAACACUGGACGUCAUCGUCGAACCGUCGAGCCCUGCCUUCGGAAGUGCAAGCCGGCCGAAAUACGUCCUCCGGGGAUAAUGCGCUCAAGACGCGCCGAUCACUCACGCGCAGGACGGCCCGCAACAUACCAGCACCAGUCGGUGACAUUGCUUCCUGCAAUCUCCCGGGAAGAAGGCGAUUCGCGGAGUCUAGAAGUCCUACUUAUGGGAGAAGAAGAGGAAGUCCAAGGUGACCUUGAUACCGCGGUAACGAGAGUACCACGCGUACUGCUGCCUGAUCGCAAGCCUCGCCAGGUGAACCGAGGAACUGCAGGGCAACGCGACGACGUCGACCGGCUGUCGACGACGACUAGAGACACCUUGUCGAUACAGAGCCCGGACGAUCGAGUGUCACCGAGUCCGACGCGAGAACAACAGCGAGAUUCAACGCCGCAGCGGCAGCAGCAACCGCGCGAAUGUCGUCCAGGCGGUGUCCAGUUCGGUGCCCUCGUCGCCAAAGGCUCGGACGUGGUCUUUGAGUUCCACUUCGGCGACGGCAGGAGUCGACGCGUCGAGGCGAUCAGCAGCGCGACUCGAGGUGACGGAUCGAUGACACAGCCCGCUGUCUCGGCCGUCGUGAGCCAUCGCUACGAACAUGGAGGACGUUUCUCGGUGUCGGUGACGGCCAGCAACCCUCUGGGCAACGUGACCAGGCUCAUCGAUCGGACCGUGUACGUGGGCAGCCCCGCCGAGGGCCUGACGCUCGAGCCGAGCGACUACGCCGUGGUCGUGGCCGGUCGCCUCGGCUCGUUCCGGGCCGCGCUGCGCCGAGGCGAGGACAUCACCGUCGCAUGGGAACUGCGCUCGGCCACAGCACCUGCAGGAAACCUACGUGCCAGAAACACGGGCAUGACGUUCGAGCACGCGUUUGAUUCGCCGGGAACUUACCACCUGGUGGCCGAAGCGAGCAACCCGAUCACCGAAGGGCUGCGUCUUCCUCGUCCCAGGGCGGAAGUCAAGGUCUUCGUGCAAGACAUGUUACGGGAGGCGACCCUGUGCGUCUGGCCGCCCGGUGCAGCUGCCGAGACGUGCGCGCCCGCGGAUCUGACGUUGUCUUCUGAGAAACGGCUUCUGCUGCGCGCCUUCGCGGUGCCUGCCACGGAGACGACGCUGCGCUUCCUCUGGUCUCUGAUUCCACAGCAAGAACACUACGUUACGGACGCCGCCGCCGUCAACCUCCGUCCCACCAGACCUGGAACCUACGUGGUCAGGGUGACGUGCCAGAAUCACGUGAGCUGUGUGACGUCGCCGGAGUUGGCGCUCCGUCUUGUCGAGCGUGUGACCAACGUGCACGGUAUCGUCGUCCUCGGGCCGGUGCUGGUGUCUCGGCCCACGCGGCUUCGAGCCCUUCACACGACGGGCAGUAACCUGACCUACUUGUGGAACUUCGGGGACGGCAGCGGUCCGGUCGCGGUCACCGACGGACCCGAGGUGUCGCACACGUUCACCAGAGUUCGAGAGUACUGGGUCAAGGUCGUCGCCUACAAUGUCUUCAGUCGCGCCGAGUUCGAGACGAACGUGUUCGCAAUGCUGCAGCCAUGCAACAAGCCCGAACUGCGCAUCCACCGCCACACGAAGGUUCGUUUCGACGAAGUCGUGUUCGUGGAGGCAGCCGUGAGCACGUGGUGCCCCAUCUCGACCAAGGUCCGGUACUUGUGGACUGUCCUCAACGCAACGGGGUCUCACGUCGUAUUCGAGCAGCACCGAAGUGGCGCCCUCUCCCGGAAGGACCUUCUCCUGCCUGCGGGAACGCUGCCCGUUGGCCGGUACCUUCUCUCGCUUAAGGCUCGCUUGGUGCCCACGUUCGUGUACGCCGUCGAGAAUGCGACCUUGGCAGUCGUGCCUUCUCCGGUGAGCUUCAGCAUAGCGGGCGGCUCGUGGCGAACCAUUGGCCCGUCCGCGGUCGUCAUCCUCGAGACCGAGCUCUACCCGCCUCACCUCACCGGCUAUAGAAUCACUUGGAAGUGUGAGGAUUUGAACGAUGGCCACGCCGACUGUUUCACGCACCCCUUCCCAUCAUCACUGGCCAAACGAAGCACCAGAACGAUGCGUUUACUCACUUCCUCACUGAACCUUAAUAUCAGUGCUUUCCUGUUCACUGCGACGCUGACACUUGGGAAUGCCUCCUCUCGUGUUGCGCAACAAGUCCUGGAUGCAUCUACAGCAAGUCCUCGAUAUCGGCUCAUCGAGCUAAAGUGCCGGUCAUGCGGCUUCGAGAGGCAAGUUCGAAGUCACGAAAGAGUGGUGCUCACGGCAUUGUGCCUGGACUGCGACACCAACGAAGAGCUCGACUUCGAGUGGUCACUCUGGCGUCUCUCAGAUCACAAGCUCCGUCACCAUGGUGAUGGCCACUGCUAUGGUGAAUGUGGCAACACUGGAAUAGAUAUGCACGACAAUGGAACUCAGACAGGUCGAACUCCUCACCGAAGGGCAUACGACAUUCAACUCGGCUUACGUCAAGCUGAUUCAGGAAGCCCAAUUCCACCAUUUCCAGUCUUUGCCAAAGGCACGGAAUUCGCAAAGAAUGGCACCCAUACUACUUCAGUCCAUUUUGAGGCAAUUCCAAACCACCAUGUCACUCACCUUGGAAAGCGACAACGUUCUAAAGACCGGGAAAGACACAGACGAAUUUAUAGCAGGCUUGGUGUUGCAUCUGCGGAGAGUACAUCGGCACCAGUCUUCAGGAAAAUCUUCAGCUGUCCUGAAGAGAGAAUUGAAGUCGACAGCUUUGAGAGAUCAUUCCUUCGUAGCGGAUGGCUCAUCCUGAAACCAGGAGCACUGGUUGCCAAGGCUUCCUACUCAGUUCAUGUCAGAAUUCGCCAGAAAGGUUCCAGCGAUGUCAGGGGAGAAGCUAGGGAAAGUAUAACGGUCAAAGAAGGGACUGCGGAAGGCUGGUGCGGCGUUCAGCCCCGCAAUGGCGUCACUCUGGAAACGCUCUUCACGGCUAACUGCUCCGGUUGGAAAGGCGGCCGCAAACCCUACACGUAUGUCGUCAACUACAGCCUGUCUCCCGGCGGCCCCCGGCGACAACUGUACCGCGGAUCUCAUUCCACGUCUUCAUUCUGGCUGCCACCCGGAAGAACCUCACAAAGCAACCACGUGUACAUCAGUAUGGUCUUGCAAGAUGGUGACGGGUUUCAAUUGUGCCUUCCACAGACAAGCAUGGUGACAGUUCUGAAUGGCAUGAAUCUUUCUGUAGUGAAAAACAAGACUUCCCACCUGUUACCGAGAAUUACCCGGCUCUUUUACAAUCAGCAGUACCACGCAGCACUGAACAGGCUGCAAGUACUUAUAUUUGUGCUUCGAAGUUUCAAGGCACCCGCAAGCUCCUUGCACAUGCACAAACUUGGUUUCUUGACAAACGCCUGGCGAUUUGCAGUGCGCAUACUGCGAAACAUGGAACCUUUUCCUGCGAACGUAGUGCAAGCUUUCAUUCAAACAUGGAACGUCAUUGUGGAACCCCCAUUCCUGGGACAAGAACAUGAUCUGAUUGCCGCAUCCCAGCUGCUCCAAUCCUCUGUUCGGGAUCGUCAGGCCAGUCGACAGGUCGCAAACUUUGAAGCUGUAUUGCAAGAACUCAUCACUGCUCUGGGUCAUCUAAUUAAAUCAGCACAGACACUGAACCUCCACACGUGGCACAUGUUCUACGAACACAUUCACAACAUUGAAGACAUAAUCAAGAACUUUGUUAAAGACAACUGCGUUCCUCAGGAGAUGCUGCAUUUUUCCUCAGCUUGGCUUGAGCUCACCGUUUCUGUUACUCUCACGGAUGUACAAUGCUCUGCGACUUCAGUAAUGACUGCUCCUCACCAUAAUUAUGGCGCAAUAUUGCACGACCCCAUUCCUCAAAACAGCAUGGAUGCCCCUCAAAAGCAGCCUACAGUUUGUUUUGCGUACAGAUUUCCUUUCCUGGCAUUUGGCAUUCCUCAACCAUCAUCACUAAAUCUCCAGCCGUCAAGUACGACAUCAACGUUUGCCUUAAGCCCAAGUGCCGCAAUUCCUGAGCAAGGGACUCACGUAGUGAAUUUUCCUAUUCAACAUGUGCAGCACAAAAAAGACUUUUUCCUGAAACCUGGCACUGCUCAUGUGCACAAGUUGACAAAUGUGCAAGAUCUGUCCCACUUUCACUUGUACGUGAGAGUGAAAAUGGGGCGCUUUGCUGACGGUCUUCAGGUGUACCUGAGCGAUGGUGCUGAACAGCUAGUCACAUCCCGUGGCAUCACAGUUCGUCGAACAUCUCUUGUGACAGAGCUUUAUGUUGACAAAGUAGCUUUGAAAGACUGUGAUAAUUGCCAACUAACCAUCCUGCAAAUGCCAGAACGCAUUGGGGAUUGGAAGCUAACGUAUGGUUCUUCAAGCUUGACAUAUGAGCUGGAAGGCUUUCGGCAACAGUGCUUGCAGUUCCACCCUGACAACAACGAGUGGGACACACACGGCUGCUCUGUUACUGGCUCAACGAAUGCACAUUUGAUCGAAUGCAAGUGCCAAGGUGGACACCCCAUCAUAUCAGUGAUCUGGGGCGCUCUCGAAAUGCAGCUCCUUGAACUGCCAGCACACGAGAUAAUUGGCAAAGAGACUAACUGGUUCGUUAUGUUAUUCUUGGUGGCAACUACAGCAGCUUACGCCCUCGCAUUGAGCUGGUUAUGCAGUGGCGAUGAUGGUCCAAGAAAGGCAGAGCACGUAUUUUCACUGAAAACGGCACGAUCGACUGCACGGCACCUGUACUUGAUCACUGUACAGACUGGGCCUUUCUUUAAUGCGGGAACAUCGGCAGCGGUGUCAGUCAUACUUCAUGGAGAGGCAGGAGAUUCAGAAGUCAUAAGGUUUGCGGACAGCUGCAAAGUUCUUCGGAGAUGUUCCACUGUUGCCUUCUUGGCUGGAACAGAUGUUGCUCUGGGAAAUCUUGUGAGUGUUGAAGUCUGGCAUGACAACUCUGGAGAAUUUCCAUCUUGGUUCUUGGAAGACGUGACCGUGGUACACUGGAAUACACAAGGAUCUUGGUACUUUGUUUUCAAUGAGUGGUUUUCUGUGAGCAGCGAGGAUGGAAGAAUCGAAAGGGAGGCAUUCGCUUCGAGACACAGUCCACGUUUGCUAAGGACCCUGCAGUGCUCAUUUGUACACGCACUCAACGAGCAUCACUUAUGGCACUCCACUGCGACAAUGAAUGUCUGCUCUCAUUUCUCUCGAGGCCAGCGGAUCUUAUUGUGCUUUUCUACAGUGCUUCUCUCAAGUGCACUAAGUGCACUCCGCAUCAAUUUCGCAUAUGUUGAGUCGGUCGCAACUGGUCCAUCAACAAUAUACAUUGUCGAAUCAGGUCUCAUUUGUCUGAUGUCUCACUUCGUUCACCAAAUCUGCACAGCAGUCUUCAGAACCUAUGACUGCGUGGCAUUGCUGCAGAAUGUCUGGGCAAAAUUCUGGAUGCUGCUUUCCUGUGUCUUCGACGCAAUGUGCCGCUGGGCAACUCGAGGACACCACACUCCCUCGCACUCAUCAUCCGGCUACAGCCUCUCAUCAAGUGAUGGCCUUGACGCACUGUACGACAUAUACAGAAUGCAGGCAGAUGGUAAUCGAGGCAGUGUUGGUGGCCAGUCAUUUCACACAUCACAACUCAACGAAGAAGAGGUCAGCUACAGUCACAGUACUGAUAAUUCUUCACAGCUGAGAAAUGGUCAGUUGCAUCAAGAAGGAAGAGUUCCUGCCCCUAGCAUCGAAGGAUCUGAUGAACAUGGAGCACCGUGUGGACAGAACCUGGAAAGCAGGGAGACCGAGGAGGAAUCUGUUUUUAGAUGUGCCGCAUCACCGUUGGAAGAAGCGUUGGCCAACUUGGUCAGUUUUCAAUGCCAGUACCGGAGAAAUGAUAAUUCUUUUGGAGAUGCCUACUUGGAGUCUCCUGGGAGAAGCCCUUCGCCUUCUCUUGGGGACUCUGAAUUGACGUGCCUUGAUUUUGAUACGAAUGAUGAAGAAGAUAGCGAUGACUCUGCAGGAGUGGCAUACAAAGUGCCUUCACUCGUGAAAACAGGGGCUGACUGGCCCACUCGGCUGGUUGGGUCACUUGGCUGGCUCUUGGUGGCAGGCCUCAUCGUGGGCUCUGUCUUCACCCUUGUGUGUUGCACUGAAAUGUUCCUGGCUGGUGCAAAUGUUUUGUGUUUCAAGAUGACAGCAGUGGCUGUAUUGUGGUCCAUCUUUGUGGUUUACCCAAUGCAAGCCUGUGUGGUGUCUGCAUACAUCAGUGCACGUUGGCACAUCUUUCAGAAGCCACAGAGUGCCUUAUUCACGCUUCCAUGCGCAUGCAACGAGGUGCUGCAGCGCCUUCUUCGACGUGUCCGCACCCCCCAUGCAGCCCCACAUCCCCCGCUUUGGCACUGCAAGCAUUUAUCUAAACAUCAAUCACAUGGAGUGGCCAGUUCUUUCUUUCGAGAAAGUAGAUGCCACCGCAUGAAAGUUCAUGGUGGACUGGCCACGGUGUGGCAACAGCAGUUGAGUCCUGGUCGUCUUCUACACCACUUGGCAAGAUAUCCAUCAGAGGGGAAGCUGGUCGCCAUAAGAAAGCGGUGCCUGGCGAUGGCGGCGUUCUUCAAGGCGACAAGAUAUUUUAUCUCCUCUGCAUUGUUGAUCAUGGUACUUCUGGCAAACGCCGAAAGUGAGAGUGUGGAAGCCUUGUACCAUCAGCGCCAGAGCACUGGGCAGCUCAUUCACAGCAUGAAUGGACUCGACUGCAAACCACAUGGCCUGCGAGAAAGACCACUUCUGACAAUGCUGUGCGAUAAUGACUCCCAUCGUCUGCUUCUCGCCACCGGAUCAGUUCUUCUGCAGCCUUCUCAGGUUUGCACUGAUGGCAAAGACAUGAGGUUUACCCGGAACUAUUCGUUGUGCCCCCAUCUCGUACAAGCAGCUCACCCUGCUGUGCACAAAAGUUGCCACGAACAUUCAGACGGCAUGGCCAUGCGUGAUCCUACACUUGAGUUUCAGCUCUACAAUCAUGCCCUCAAUAUACUCAGCUCUGUGGCUGUAGCUCCGACGUGUGCCUGCAAUCGGACCAACUUCUACGUAUGUGUUUCUGUGCACCUCCUCUCUUGCUCGGACACAAUGCUGACAGCAGGAUUCUUAGAGGUUUGCCUCGCUGCAAUCCUCUGCUGCAAGUUGAGAUUUUUGUGUUGGAGGAACCUGAAGCUGAAAUGGCCACUGCUUUUUCGGUUUUGGAAUGUACAUGAGAUAUCCGUUUUUGUGUGCGGUGCAUGCUACUGCGUUUGCCAAUUCUUCCGGGCAAGUCAUCGAUGUUAUGUCUCCUCUCACCUGGACAGCGAUGAAGACUUGUCUGCAGCGACUAAAGUGCUCUCCGCGACUGACAGUGUUUGCCGUAUUCUACUGGCAUAUUUACUGUUCUUGGCAAUUCUUGGAGUCCUUCGAGGUGUCUACGUAAGCAGGCAUAAGCACGCGUUUCCUGUCCUGCUGCAGCUCAGGACCUACCGGAAACAACUAGCAUAUCUUGUUCUCUGCUGGUUAUUCUUUGUUGCGUCAUCAUCAUGGCUGCUGCAACCAAAGCAAGGACGUGAACGGGGUCUACUUCGUGCCACUCUGGCUGCAUCACGGCGCCUCCUGGGAAUGCCCACUCUGGUUUUGGAAAAUGCUGGCGAGUCUGUUGGAAGCAGCGACCUUGUGAGCUUGAUUGGGAUGCUCACAGCACUAUUCAGUGGACUCCUACUAUCAGCUAUGGUGGCACGCUUCCUUCUGCAACGAAACCUUCGUCACGACCAGACAUGUCCAGUGACGUCAUUCCGUGAAUACUUCCACUUCCUCGGGACCAAAGCUCGCAUUCUGCGAGGUCAUGCUUCCAGCAGAAGCUCCUCGACAAAGAAAUCCAAUCCAAGCCCGCCAGACACGUUGAGACUGUUGUUGGAGUUGGAGCAACUGGUCGCGGAAAUGGAAGAAAGAGCAGACCGCCUGUUUGUCGUGCCAAAAGAAGAAAAGAUGGAACGCUGGCUGUCCCAGCAUCUGAGGGCGCCAUGCGUCCCUUAA